AUGGCUCCCUCCCUCAAAGCAAUCAUGUCCUCCGUCAUGGGGGCCCGGGCCGCAACCCCCGCGAUCCCCGCGCGCAGCGAGCUGUUCGAAGCCACGGACCCCGCCAAAGACGGACCGGACUGUCUGCACGACUGCGAUAGCUGCUCGAUCCGAUACCCGCGCGGCUUCCAGAUCAACGAGCGGGACGCCCUGUACGGCCGGGUCAGCGGGUGGAGCACACACGUGCUGGUGGGCACCGGCAAGACGGACUGGGUUAGGGAUGUGGCCGACGAGAAGGGCAGCGUCAUGGAGGCCAUCAGCAAGGCGAAACCUCCGAGCAACGGGAGACUGAUGCUCUCGGCAUCCAACAUGCCGACGCCGCACAACACGCACGACUACUCGGAACCCGCCACGGUGCUCCUCCUCCCAGCCUUCGUGCUGGUGGAAAACGUCCGCCCGGCAGACGCCUCGGCCCUCGUGGCCGGACUCGUCAGCGAGUCGCCCACCACCAGCUCCCCCCUGCUGCCCGCGCUGCCCGCGCUGCCCCCGCCGCCCGCAAGCGGCCGAGCGCCCGACGCCCCCGGCCUGAUGGUCACCCGGGCCUGCCCGCACCAGGCCGUCAUCCUCAUGUGCAGCCAGCGGACGCGGGACGCCCGGUGCGGCCAGAGCGCCCCGCUGCUGCGGAGGGAGCUCGAGCGCCACCUGCGGCCGCUGGGCCUGUACCGCGACCUCGACGACGAGAGGCCCGGCGGCGUGGGCAUCUACUUCAUCAGCCACACGGGGGGCCACAAGUACGCGGCCAACGUGAUGGUGUACAGGCGGCCAAACGCCUUUGGGCAGGACGACGCGGGCGGCCAGGACGGCGCGGGCGGCCAGGACGGCGCCUUCGGUCCUGGCUCGGCCGACGUGGGCGACGUGGGCGCCGCGCAGUGCAUCUGGCUGGCGAGGGUGAAGCCUCAGGACUGCGAGAAUCUCGUCCGCUUCACGGUCCUCAAGGGCAAGGUUGUCAAACCCGAAAGUCAGCUGCGGGGCGGGUUCGACAGAGCCAAGGGGCUGACUAGCUGGUGA